UCAAGUGUUAAAUUAAAAUUUGUCAGUAAAAAUUUUGCAAAGAGAGGUUAAACACGAAUAGACAAUAAUUUUAUUAAUUUUAAAAGUAAUUGUUUAAAUUAUAAUGUAUGAAUCAAUUUAUUAAAAUUGGAUGUAUAGAGAAAUUCGUGUGUUUUCGUUUUUAUUGAAACGCCAAAAAUACUGUAUCCUUCGUGAUUUAUCGUUACAAGAAAGGUAGAAAUAAAAUAAAUUGGCACGGAAUUGUUCUCUACCUCAAGCAAUUUGUGUGAAGUAAUGCCAUGCAUUUUCUGUGUUAUUCCUAAAUUACAAGUGAUUUAGACAUAAAAAUAAGUAGGUACUUAAUAGUUAUAAUUCAUAAUGGAGGCGACAAAAAGAAGACGUCAGCCGGAACACCCACGAGCUAAAGCUAACCCUCUAUCAGCACUAACAUUUGGAUGGACCUUGCCAAUAUUUUGGGGUGGCUUACAAAAAGAAAUGGAAGAGGAGGAUUUGUUUGAGCCACUUGAAGAACACGCUUCAGGUCCAUUGGGCGACAAGUUUGCCCGUCUAUGGGAAGAGGAGGUUGCGCGCGCGGGCAGCAAACGCUCCCCGAGCCUCCUUCGAGUCAUCCUUAGAGCGUACGCCGCACGAUGCAUGCUCUAUGGAUUUGUUUUGUUUUUUAUGGAAUGCAUAAUUCGUAUAGCGCAACCGGUAUUCCUGGGGAAACUGGUGGAAUUCUACAGCCCCAACCAGAAAACAGUGAAGCCGAGCGAGGCGUACCUGUACGCGGGGGCGGUGGUCCUUUGCUCCGCGCUCAAUGUCUUCUUCGUGCAUCCGUACAUGAUGGCCAUUUUACACAUGGGAAUGAAGUUCAGGGUCGCUUGCUGCUCGCUUAUAUAUCGAAAGUCUCUGCGGCUAUCAAAGACAGCCCUGGGCGAGACCACGGUGGGGCAGGUUGUCAACCUCCUCUCGAACGACGUCAACCGCUUCGAUGUGGCGAUCAUCUUCUUGCACUACCUGUGGAUCGGCCCGUUGGCUACGGUCAUCGUCACGUACCUCAUGUGGCUGGAGAUCAGCUGGGCGGCCGUCGUGGGUGUGGGGUUCAUGUUGGCGUUUAUACCCUUACAAGCAUAUCUUGGCAAGCGAACGUCAGUGCUGCGGUUGAAGACGGCGCUGCGGACAGACGAGCGAGUUCGGCUGAUGAACGAGAUCCUGUCAGGCAUUCAGGUCAUCAAGAUGUACACCUGGGAGAAACCCUUCGCGGACCUGGUCGCUAAGGCGAGGAAGCAAGAAAUCAAGCAAAUUCGUGCCACUUCCUACAUUCGCGGUGUGCUGACAUCGUUCAUAAUGUUCACUACACGUAUAUGUCUGUUCUUCUCCAUCCUCGCCUUCGUGUUGGAGAACAAUGUGAUAAGCGCCAAACAAGUGUUCGUAGUCACCAGCUUCUAUAACAUCUUGAGGCAGACUAUGACAGUUUUCUUCCCACAAGGUAUAGCGCAAGUGGCCGAGGCGACAAUAUCAAUAAAACGCCUACAAAGCUUCAUGCUUUACGAGGACACCAGCAAGCCAGUGCCAGGUCUAGCAGAGAUACAGACGUCUACCAAAAAGGCAAAGGAAGCCAAAGAAGCAGCGAGACAGUCUGUUGCUUCGAAAGAAACGCCUGAUGCUGAAGCAACAAAACCUAUCCUGGAACCUGAAACUAUCUUGAAGACGGAGGAUAAUGCUAAAGGAAAUGGUAAAGCCAGUGCACCACUCGAGUCAGGGGAAGAAGAUGACGAGGAGUUGGCGACGAAAGUGGAGGAGGACGCUCGCGGAGUGCGGCUCAAACACGCCACAGCCAAGUGGAUCGUGUCGCACUCGGAGAACACGCUCACCGAUAUGUCACUCACUAUCAAACCUGGAAAAUUAAUAGCAGUAAUAGGACCAGUCGGCGCGGGCAAGUCAUCGCUACUGCACGUGCUGUUGAGGGAGCUGCCGCUGCAGUCGGGCAGCGUGCACAUCGGCGGCACCGUGUCGUACGCGAGCCAGGAGCCGUGGCUCUUUGCAGGAAGCGUCCGACAAAACAUCCUAUUCGGCCAACCGAUGGAUCGGCCGCGAUACAACGCGGUGGUGAGAAGAUGUGCUCUCGACCGCGACUUCACCCUGCUGCCGCACGGAGACAAGACUGUCGUCGGAGAGAGAGGAGUCAGUCUCAGUGGAGGUCAACGCGCACGCAUCUCGCUCGCGCGCGCGGUGUACAAACGCGCCGACAUCUACCUGCUGGACGACCCGCUGUCGGCCGUUGACGCGCACGUGGGCCGCCACCUGUUCGAGUCGUGCGUGGUGGGCUACCUGCGCAACACCACGCGCGUGCUCGUCACCCACCAGCUGCAGUUCUUGAGGGACGUCGAGCAGAUAAUCAUAUUAAAGAACGGCACAAUAGCCGCAGCGGGUGACUUUGAAACCCUCAGCGCGUCUGGUCUUGACUUCGCGACUUUGCUGGCGAGGGACGAGGCAGAAGAGGAGAAGCCGGCUACCGAGGACAAGGCAAAUUUGGACAACGAGGAGUCAGUACUCCAGGGGAGCUUUAGGAAAAGGCAGAUGAGUAUACACUCUGUGAGUUCAGUGGACAAUCUAACAGCAACAGCGCCCCCUGAAGGUGGUAGGGAGGAAGCGGAGAUGCGCUCGGCGGGCGCUGUGUCGGGCAAGGUGUACGGAGCAUAUCUGGGGGCGAGUGGUCACCCCCUCGUGGUAGCACUGAUGGUUAUGGUGGCUGUGCUGGCGCAGCUGCUGGGAUCUGGCUCAGAUUGGUGGACCAGCUUUUGGGUAAACGAGGAGGAAGACCUUCCCCGCUCGACAAUGCUGAACCUGGAUAAACAGAAUGUGUCAAAUACGCUGAUGUACUCGUCUAACUUGACGCAAGCUCUUCUAGAAAAUGCACAAUUCAAAUCUGGAUUGACUCGAUACCAGUGCAUCUACAUUUACACUGGUAUGGUGGUGGCGCUAGUAGUGGUGUCCCUGCUCCGUUCGUUCAUGUUCUUCUCGAUGGCGAUGCGCGCGUCGACCCGCCUGCACAACAACAUGUUCGCGUCCAUCACGCGCGCGCCCAUGCGCUUCUUCCACACCAACCCGUCCGGCAGGAUACUGAACCGGUUCUCCAAGGACAUGGGCGCUGUUGAUGAAGUGCUGCCCUCUGCCCUGCUGGAUGUGCUGCAGAUCGGACUAUCACUGAUCGGUAUCGUGGUGGUGGUGGCAAUGGUGAACUACUGGCUGCUGGUGCCGACGGUCGCCAUCGGGCUGGUGUUCUACGGGCUGCGCAUCUUCUACCUGGCGACCAGCCGCAGCAUCAAGCGCCUCGAGGGUGUGACACGUAGUCCCGUAUUCUCUCAUCUCAACGCGUCUCUGCAAGGAAUCACCACUAUACGAGCUUUCGGUGCUCAGGAGGCUCUCAUAAGGGAAUUCGAUAACCAUCAGGAUCUACACAGCUCUGCUUGGUACUUAUUCAUUGCGAGUUCCCGAGCUUUCGGGUUUUGGUUGGACCUGGUAUGCGUUAUCUACAUCGCCGUGGUAACGCUGAGUUUCCUCGUCUUCAAAAGCGAGGAAUACGGCGGCAACGUGGGUUUGGCCAUAACACAAGCGAUGGGAUUAACUGGCAUGUUCCAGUGGGGAAUGAGACAGUCCACUGAGUUAGAGAAUCAGAUGACGAGUGUUGAGAGAAUACAGGAGUAUUCGACCAUAGAAUCCGAACCUCCGUUGGAGUCGGAACCGAAGAAGAAACCGCCACCCUCGUGGCCCGAGACCGGCAAGCUGGCAUUCAACCACGUGUUCCUGUACUACGCGCCCGGCGAGCCGCCUGUGCUCAAGGACCUCACUCUGGAGAUACUGCCCAAGGAGAAGGUUGGCAUUGUGGGCAGAACUGGCGCUGGCAAAUCUUCACUUAUAAACGCACUGUUCAGAUUAGCAACAAUCGAGGGGGAGAUCAUAAUAGACGGUCGCGAGACGUCGACGCUGGGGCUGCACGAGCUGCGCAGCCAGAUCUCCAUCAUCCCGCAGGAGCCGGUGCUGUUCUCCGGCACCAUGCGCCACAACCUCGACCCCUUCGACGAGUACCCCGACCAGGUGCUGUGGAGAGCGCUUGAAGAGGUGGAGCUGAAGGAAGCGGUGAUGGAGCUUCCGGCGGGGCUGAGCUCCCGCAUGUCGGAGGGCGGCGGCAACUUCAGCGUGGGGCAGCGGCAGCUGGUGUGCCUGGCGCGCGCCAUCGUGCGCCGCAACCGCCUGCUGGUGCUGGACGAGGCCACCGCCAACGUCGACCCGCAAACUGAUGCCUUGAUCCAAACUACGAUAAGAAACAAAUUCGCCGACUGCACCGUCCUCACUAUAGCGCACAGACUACACACUGUCAUGGACUCCGAUAAGGUGUUGGUGAUGGACGCCGGUCAGAUGGUGGAGUUCGAGCACCCGCACAUCCUGCUGAAGAAGGAAGGUGGUAUACUGCGCGGCAUGGUGGACCAGACCGGCCGCGCCAUGGCGGAAACCUUGGCCAGAGUCGCCUUGCAGGCAUAUAACAAAAAGUACUCUCAAAAUGGAGAAGAAUCAGAGAAUACAGAUCUGUAAUACGUAUUUCGACAUUUCGAAUAUAGUGAUCUAACAUGGAAUCUGUGAGAUUAUUUCCUCAGACAAAGUAUGUUUUAUAUUUUACACAACUAGCUAAGUCCAUCCACAAACAAGAUUAACUUACAUUUAAUUAUGAUUUAAAAAGAAAAUAGAUCUAAUUGACUAGGAGUUACUUGUUAUUUAUUGUUGUUUCGUUUGAUAUAAAAUGUUACUAUUACUUUAUCUAUAAAAUCUCCUGAAUUAUGAUAAGGUAUUGGAUCUUUUAUUGUUAAGAAUAGUUUUAAUUUGUAACGAAACACGCGUAGAUAUGAUUUUUACAUGGACAUGGACAAGUGAUGAUAGUGUACUAGAAGGAUAUGGUGUGAUUGUUGUUAUUGAAAAUUACGUACGCUGGCACUUUUGGCAUUUGUUUAUUCAUAGACUAGAGACGAGAAAUUAUACACUGCCAUCUAUCUUAAAUUGAGGUCCUUUAGACAUUAUUUUUUAUUAUAAAUUACUUAUGUAUUAUGGAUAUUACCAGGUUUUUUCACCAAAUCCAUGUUCUUCAUCAAAGGAUGGUUUCCAUAUUUAUACAGAUAAUAAUCAUAAGAGGUUCCUUGUCUUGUCUAUUCUUCUUCAUUGUCUUUUAUCUAUGGUAAGAAAUUUUUAAAAACCUGUAUUACAUAAGACGCACACGUUGUGUUCUCACCUGAUUGCUGUAUCAAUCGGCUCGACAUUAACUUAGUGAUUAGCAUUUAUAUAGGACAAUAAUCGUGUAAUCGCUGAAACUAGAAAAGCUGAAGAAAACCAUUUUGUAAGGAGUCUCAAAAGUAUUAACAUAAAUAUUUUUUAUAUUCUAAUUAUUAAUUACAAGAACAUUGACUAAUAACAUUUGACAAUAAUUUUUUCUAACUAAUUAAUAAGCAGCGCUAAUGAAGUGUCUAAAAGUGCUACCGUACGGUGUUGCCAGCGUAGGUGACAAGUUAUUUUAAUUAGAUGUUUGUGCCGUUCCACACAAUUUGCUAUGAUUUUGAGGCUAUACCGCUCAAAAGUCCGAAAAAAAUGUUCCUAAAAAUUAACGAAUACAUAACAUGUUUGUAAGAGUCUAAAUGAAGGCUGAUUUGGCGUUAAUGAUUAUAUGUGAAUCUCGAACUAUAUUUAUAUUUCAAAAAUAAUAUGAAUAUAAUUAAUAAUUAUUAUACUAUCUAUUAAUCACAAAGUAUUUUUAACAAUAGACCAAAAUUGUUUUAAUAAUUUCGUAUUAAAACUGUUUAAAAUCGUUUAUCCUUGAUAUAGCACAAUGAAUGUUCCUAGAAAUAGCUGAUUUUUUGGGUUAGGGAACUUCCUUGUUUAACAAUCUAUCAGAGUAUGGAAUAAGAACUAAAUACAAUUUGUGGGACCAGUGAACUUUUCGAAUGAGACUUCUUAAAUGCAUUGCUUCUUGCUAGCGCCAAGUGAGCAUUCAUUUUAAAUCUUAAGGUGCUAGUACCAAGUACUUAAUUUUAAGUAGAAAAAUUCAAUUUUUGAUUUUAAUUGAUAAUACUUUCGAUUUAAACACUCAAUCAUAGUUAUUUUUACUUGUAUGAUAAUACUUAGUGUUAAAUGAAAUGUGAAAUUUUUUUGUGAUCUUAUUGGUUACCUAUUUAUGUAUGAAUUGAUUGUAAAUUUGAUAAGACUUUACAUUGAUGGUAAAGUGAUUGAAUAUUGAUGAUGCGGAGGCGUGGUAUAGUGAAUUUAAUGUACUUAGUGCCUGAAUGCUUAUUUAGUGAGAAUUUGUUACUUAUUACAAUAUUAAAUACAAUUUUUAUAUUUGCAA